GCAAAACAAAAAGGAGUAUAGCAAAUAUCGAAUAACCCGGCGUCGUUUCAGACUCCAGAGGAAGGAGGAAGGAGAGGGACCGAGAGCACUUGGGCCUCAGCAAAAGUUGCCGGAAGAAGAGAGAGAAAGAGAGCGACGUCCAUCCGCUGCUGCUCCGCAGGGGAUGUAAAAAACUGAGCAACAGCAUAAUGAGUAACGUUGAACCUUUUGACGGACAGAUAUUGGCUGACAAGCUUUCAAAACUCAACGGUUCACAACAAUGCAUUGAAUCUUUAUCUCGUUGGUGUAUUUCUCACCGAAAGAAAGCAAGGCAGAUUGUUGAAACGUGGGAUAAAUGCUUUAAUUCUGCCCAGAAAGAUCAGCGCGUGGCUUGUCUAUAUUUGGCUAAUGACAUAUUGCAAAACAGUAGGCGAAAGGGCAGUGAAUUUGUGAAUGAAUUCUGGAAGUUCCUUCCUGCAGCUCUUAAGCAUGUUUAUGAAAAUGGUGAUCAACAUGGAAAGAAAGCUGCCACAAGACUGGUUGACAUAUGGGAAGAAAGAAAGGUUUUUGGGUCUCGAGGGCAUAGUCUUAAAGAUGAUAUGAUGGGAAGGAAUCCUCCUGCUCCACCUGCUCCACCUGCAAGCAAUGGAAAGAGUUCAAAUCCUAUCAAGAUAGUGAAGAGGGAUGCACACUCAGUUAGACUUAAAUUGGCUGUUGGAGGUCUGCCAGAAAAAAUACUUACUGCAUUUCAACCUGUUCUUGAUGAACAUCUUACGGAAGAAGCUGCUUUACACAAGUGUAAUGCUGCUGUACUUUAUGUGGGUAAAAUUGAUGAAGAUGUUGAAAACACCUUGAUUCAUGGAACUCAGCAGGGAUCCACAUUGUUGGAUGAUUUGAAAGAGCAAGAAGAUGCACUUAAUCAAUCUGUUGGGCAACUUGAGAGCUCGGAGGCAACAAGAUCUGCCUUGGUUUCGCAACUUAAAGAAGCACUUCAGGAUCAAGAAGCAAAGCUGGAAGUUGUUCGCACUCAAUUGCAGGUUGCUCGACAUCAGAUUGAGAGAGUAAGUAAUAUUAAAAGGAGACUGAGUUUGUCCCCGGUUCUGAACCCCGAAAGCAAUGUUGUUAACAUGACACCUGAAUCUACCAGGGGGUUAGAACCAAAUUUACCGUUAGUCCAACAAACUGGCCUCCUACCACAGCCUCCAACGCAGCCUAUGGUUUCUUUUGCCCCUGUAAAAACUACCGAUGAAGAGAACAAGAAAGCAGCAGCAGCAGCUGUGGCUGCUAAGCUUGCUGCAUCUACAUCUUCUGCACAGAUGUUAACGUCUGUUCUUUCAUCUCUUGUUGCUGAAGAAGCUGCCUCUAUGACUGGUAGCCUGAAAUCAGCUGGUUUUACAUCAGGAUUAUCAAUGUUUCCUCCAGAAAAAUGGCCCAAGCUUGAGAAACAAAUGUCUGAUGUUAACAAUCCUGAUGGUGGCAAUGCAGCCUUUUUUACGCCUCUCCAACAGCAGGCAAUGACCAGUGUUCCAAUUGCGUCAUCAGCAGCCAUGCAGCCUAUGUCCCACAGUAACCAGAUGCAAAGUCCUUUUAGUCCGCUGCCACCACCUCCGGCACCAUCACCACCUACUGCAACUACACCAGCGAAUCAGUAUGUCCAAUCUUCUGGUCUUAUGGUGGGUGGAAUUCCUUACGGAUAUGGAUCAAAUACCUUGCCGCCUCCACCCCCUAUACCUCCACAUAUCUCAAUGAGUAUGUCAAGGCCCAGUCAGCCGCAACAGCAGUCGCAGCCUCAGCAGCAGCAGCAGUUGCAGCCGGCUGCUGGGGGUUAUUAUCGGCCACUGGGUAUGGGGUUCUACGGGCAAAGUAAUCAGUCAAAUACGCAGCCAGUAGUACCUCGACAGUAAGUUCUGUUUACUUUACCUAGUCAGAAUCUCCUAUCCUGGAUCGUGGGCAAAACCAGCGAAGGUACCCACAACUGUUGGUGACAAUAUAGUCUUGGAAAUCUAUGGAGCCGGUGUAACUUCUCAGAGGCAUCGUGUUGUUAUGUAAAUUAGUAGAGAAUAGCGUCUGUCCUCCAACACCUAGGUCCAUCUCCCCCUUGCCAAUUUAUGCAGAGUCCUUUGAUGUGUCGUAGAACGUAAAUUUCGCGGUAGCUAUGUUUCAAUUUGACAUGAAGUGCCUAACUUGAAUGUACCUGUGCAAACUUCUCUGGCGUUGUAAACAGCGUGUGGGGCAUAUUACUAAAUUUGUACUUUAAAUGUUUGAUGUGCUUUCCCUUGUUAGUGUCUCUUCAGCUGCCUCCGAGAGGCUGUGUCCCGGUCGACGUUCAGACGAGGAGUAUUCUCGGAUGCAGAGCUGUUGGAAGAUCGUUUCGUCGACUCGCCUCACUAGUGGGAUGAUGCUUUGUUGGUUAGAAUUGUGCUUUAAAUAGUAGUUAUAAAUUAUAGUGAUAGUCAAACUAUAUGAUUAUAUGCGUUAAGCCGUAGCUCGGUUUUGUGCCAUGUCUUCCAUGAGCUGCAAGUGCUUUAUAUCUCUUUUUGAAGUCUCUUUUUUGAGUCUUUCUAGGUCUUUUUCUACCUUCUUUGCCGUGAGCCUCCAUCUCAUAGUUACACCUUCUAAUUGGAGCAUUUAUAGGUCUUUGGUUCAUGUGUUCAAACCAUCUUAAUUGAUUAUCUGAUCUUAUCUUCAA